AUGAAGGGCGGAAAAGGUUCUCGCGGUCGCUCGGGGGGUUCGGAUCGUGGAGGCAUUCGCAAGCGGGGUGCUGCGACACGGGUCGAUCGAGAAGGUGAUCUGAUGAUGGACGCUGGCUCUGCACGAAACCGUGGAAAGAAGGGUCGUGGCGAUUCUGGCCGGUCGCAGGCAGCGAACAAAGCCAUGGAUGCGAUCCAAAAGGCCAUCUCCAGUAACUCAGACACUCAAGCGAACAUCCGACAAGGAGGACGGGGAAGUGGUCUGGAACAGGUUAUUGUUCGUGGCUGGAAGCAAAGCAAAGCAGCUUCCAACCGUGACGGCGGUCUCGAAUCCCUCAUCGCCUUCCUCGAGAAAAAACUCAGCCCACCCGACUCGAAAGCUGGCACACGCGCAAGGAUUACAAAGUCGCGGGUUGAAGGCGACGCUCUUAUCGUCUCUAUUCGGCCAGAGUUGUUGGAAAGGAUGCUUCAGCUCAAUGGGUUUAGUUUUGCAGGUGCCCCUCUUACCACCGAAAAGUAUGAUCCGUCUACUGGCGGACUAUUGGACCAGCCUAUGCUGUCUGCUAUGGCACAAAAUGGCGGCACAUCCUCUGCUGCCGAGACCAAGGCGAAAAUGACGACAAUUCUCGGCAAGCGCUACACCCAGCAAACAAAGUUACUCGAUCUUUCGAAGUUGGGAACCGAUCCGGAUCUGUUGGCUAUGGGAAUCUUUGGCAGCACCUCUACCGAGUCAAAAUUCUUCCCGGCACUGAUGAAGGUUUGGGAGCUGAAUUUCGACAAUGCCACGGCGCGCCGAGAGGCAGUGGAGAGUGUCAGUCUCGCUCAUAACCAGCUUGCCAACAUCACAGCUGUGACGACACUAGCAUCGACGAUUCCCGACCUGAAAAAUCUGGACCUAUCCAACAAUGAAUUCAAAGAUGCGCAGUCCUUGAUUGGAUGGCGCUGGAAAUUCCGAAACCUCGAAUUUCUCGACCUAUCAAACACUCCUUUCAGCGCCGACCCUACUUUCAAGGAUACCAUGCUGAAGUGGUAUCCCAAGCUCCGGUUCCUAAAUAAUGUCGAAGUCCGCACCGCAGAAGAAAUAGCGGCGCAGAAGAAGACUCCGAUCCCAGUGCAGCCACCACACUUCCAGGACGACUCUCAGAUCGCAGAGAACUUCGUACGGGCUUUCUUCGCGGGCUACGACAACGACCGAAGCGGCAUUCUCAGCAGUGUCUACGACAACCACACUACGUUCACUCUCAAUGUGAACACAUCGGCUCCCAGGGCCCAACAAACAGAAACAGCGCCCUGGGAUGCGUAUAUUAAGAAAAGCAGAAACCUUCUCAAGAUCAGCCAUCUCCCUGCACGCAUGUCUAGGGCAUAUACCGGCGCGGAGAAGAUACGCGAGUUGUGGACUAGUCUUCCGGCGACAAGACAUCCUGACAUUGCGACGCACCCGGAAGAAUGGCUUAUCGAGUGCUACCCCAUCCCAGGUCUUCCUGAUAUUUCUGGACAGAGCUCCACGGGUGUUGGUGGUCUUCUCAUCAUGGUGCACGGAAAGUUCGACGAGAUAAACGGGGCCAAGGUUGAAACGCGCAGUUUCGAUCGAACAUUCAUCAUCGGGCCCGGUGGUGGUAUGGGCGGAAUUAGGGUCGUCAGUGAUCUUCUCUGCUUGCGAGCCUAUGGUGGACACGAGGCAUGGAUUCCAGAGGUCCCACCAGCCGUUCCCCAAGCAGCACCUCCAGCAGCUGCGGCUGCACCCGCAGCGCCCGCGGCACCUGCAGCACUACCAGUAGCUAUUCCGGGUGCCCCCGAAGGCUACGGCAUGCCGGCCCCUGGGAAAGCAGACACACAAGUCCAACAAGAGCAGCUAGUACUUCAGAUGAGCUCUAAUACUCGGAUGACCCUUCAGUACUCUGAGAUGGCUUUGUCUGGAAACGGCUGGAAUAUGGAGGCUGCACUGAAGAACUUUGAGGAACUUAAGGUGAGUCUAGAGUGUGUUCUUCACUUACGACCAUGCGCUAAUAAGCUUUUGCAGGCGCAGGGAACACUGCCUCCGGAUGCUUUUCUACCCGCGGCAGUGUAA